UGAAAGCCUCCAAAUUUUCAAAAGUCCCAAAUUCUCCCCAUUUCAUUUGGCUUUCCUUCAUAAUCUUCCUAACACACCCUAAUCGACGACCGAUCUGUUUUUGCUUCUCCCCUAGAAUGAAACGAAUGCGAGUGAUUCCACACACUACCUUUGGCGCUGACCCAAAUACACGUCGUAUCCAACCUAUGAUGUUCCCCAUACGCGAUUACAAUCUCGAGCAGCACUUCCGUCAACACCACCAACACCAACACCUCCACCCCACCACCACAAUCUUCACACCCACUGUGCCUCUACACUGCUUCCUCUCGUUUCUCAUCUCAUCCCCUACUUAUUGCUACCGGUCCUCCCCUCUUCUGUGAUAGAUUUGUCAGUCGUCUGCAAACUCCUCUACCCUGCUCCAUCGGCUCUCUAUAGCGCUUCAUCGGCGCCGCCUCCACUCCGGCUCCCAUGCAUUACCUAAAAUCGGCUUGACAUGUGUCUGCUUCGUCAUCUCUCUCUAGCAACAAAUAACAGUCAAGUUCCAUGGCUUUUGAAAAAAAUAAAUAAGAGAAAUGGUGUUUUUAGAGCCAGGAAGGUGAAGCAGUAUUAUCGAGGUGGAUCUGCUCUACUUCAGGGAUGGGUUGUCGAUAUCAAGACCACGAGGAAGGGUGAAGAGCAAGUGAUUGAUGGUAACAAACUUUCCCUUUUUCGUGAAAAUCAUGCUGAUAGAUCAAAAAACUGCCUAGUAGAAUCAGAUCGGUAUCAGUUAGGUGUUCAUAACAUUUCAAGAGUUGGUUUUGUGGGUUUGUCCGAGGCCCCUAUAUCUUAUGGUUGGAAAGGAUGAAUUGGAUGGCUGAGAAGAAUCCUGAGAUGAUGGGACAAAA